CCACGCACGUACGCGAAUGUAUGUCGGCGUGCACGUGUGUGUGUCUGCGUGUGUAUGAGUGUUUGUGCGUGCAUGCGCUUGUGUGUGCAUGCAUGCAAACGCGUGUGCGUGUGUGUGCAUGACUGAGUGUCAGUGAGUUAGCAUGCUAGCAUUAGCCUUGAAGACACGUUUGCUAUGAUGCAAACUUUUAUUUUGACGCUCUCGCUAGACAGGAAGUAGACGGCGGCUCGGUCACUUUUGACCAUCUAGCGUAGCGUUAGCCUCCCGCGGCGGGCGUGACGCUCACCUGACUCGGGGAGGCGGCCACGCCCACUUUACAGACAUUACAACGGACGCGCCUGAAGGCGGCGUGGGAAAGCCGAGAGAGAGAGAGAAAAAAAGGGAGGAGGAAGUUGACCGGGAUCAUGUGAGCGCCACUUCGCACUGGCUCGCUGCCUCAGUGGGGAGGAAAACCGAUGAUCGGGAGCCCAACUCGCGAGGGCGACGCAAAGACAUGGACGGAGGGACGGACGAGAGAAAAUCGCAUUCUGCUUCAUCUUCGGCGCACGCUUGCGACCCGGCGCCACCUUCGCCCGACUACCUGACGGACCGCCGUGACCGCCGUCACGACCGACGUCAUCGCGACCGCGAUGACCUCAUCGAACCCAGAAAGUUGCUCAAUCCCGUCAAAGGUUCCAGAAGUCACCAGGAGCUCCACAGAGAACUUAUGACCAGCUGUAAACGAAGCGGCAUGCGCAUGGAGAGCAGCAAGCCGGAACUCGAGCGCGUUCUGGAGUGUCGGCGGCGAGAUCAGCUGAUAAAGGAAAGAAAACAGGAAGCGGACGCACGCAGGAAGAUUUCGCCUCUGGAAGCGGAACUCAGGAAGAGACUUCAAGCGCUGGAAGAGAUGGAAGCGGAGCAGCGGAAGGACGAGCGCGACAACCCGACGGCUCCCGAAUUCGUCAAAGUCAAAGAGAACCUCAGGAGGACGUCGCGCGCCGGCAAAGGCGAGAAGCAAGUCUGACGUAGACGACAGAGAAGACGAAGCGUGGAAAGGACGCGGAAGCGGGCGGGGGGCGCCGCCUGCCGGAGGACUCGCGGAAGGACAGCGCGACGUUCACGCUUCGCCGUCGUGACGACCGGCGGACUGAGCGGUCGCCAGGGAAGACCGCAUCGACGCGAACGAGCUUUCGAGGUCGCCUUCACAACUGCGGGCAAUUUCGAGUCGACGAGACCAACUUUCAUGUUCAAAUGGGAAUCGUUCCAUUUCGAAAAACUGCAAUGACGGACUAGGAGAUACGGAUCACUGAAUUCUGAAUCCGUGAAAAAGUUGAGAUAGCGACAGGCGUCGUCGAUCGUGGAGAAAUAGAAACCAACAAUUCUAAUAUUGAGGACGCAACCGCCAGGAAGAACGAGUCAUCGUGAUGUCAUCACGCCUGCUUCGUUAGCAUCUUAAUCCGAAAAACCUCAUUUUAUCUCCAUUAAGUAAAAGUAAAUGUCAACAGAUCACAAUCAUGUCUGAUGAUUAAAAGGCUAAUCACA